UUCAUCGCAUCUAUUCACACGAGAAACCAACUGGAAUCACAAGUAGCAACUCAGUCCUGGCUUUGAGUACACGGCUGCAUUUUCGCAUAAUGGCGUUCGGAGGCCUCCGGUCGAGCAUCUUGGUCGCCUGCAUCGUCGUGAUGGCCGGUACCGGCUUCACUUUAUGCGAAGCAAGAUCGUUCGGUAUGUCGACACUCCAAGGUGGCGAGAUCCCUGAGGAUUCGGGAAUUCAACCAAUGGAGGAGCUGGAAAUAUCAUGUGAAACGGACGUCGGUGCUCCAUUGAACUCUCCCAAUUCCCAUCCGUAUAUCACAGUGCCUCAUUUCGCUCUACCGCCUCUGGAUUCAAUGGCACCAAUUCCUACGCCACCUUACCGUAUCACUACUCCUCCGUAUGGUUCUAUUACUCCACCGCCUAGUGUGCCUGCCAAAACGCCUAGCCCACCAAAGCAUAAGCCUAGCCCAAGCCCAACAGAGUUCGGUUACAGCCCGCCGGGAAGUCUCAGGCCCUGCUCCCCCAAGCUCGCCCCCAGCUCGCCCAAGCUCGCCCCCAACCCGCCCAAGCUCGCCCUCAGCCCACCCCUCUACUCGCCCCCUGUCGGGCACCCGCCGGCGCCGCCGAAGGCCCACAUCUACGCCGUCUGGUGUGUGGCGAAGCCGACCGUGCCCGACUCAAUAAUCCAAGUGGCCAUGGACUACGCGUGUGGGGCAGGGGCCAACUGCAAGCCCAUCCAACCCAAUGGCGUCUGUUACCAGCCGGAUACGCUACUAGCGCACGCCUCCUACGCCUUCAACAGCUACUGGCAGAAAAGGAAGGAGGCUGGAGGGACGUGCGACUUCGGGGGGACGGCAAUGCUGGUCACUGUGGAUCCAAGUUACAAUGGAUGUCACUUUGAUUAUACCUGAAAUCCUUUCCUGCUGAAGGCCUUGGAAUAUAUAAAGCUCAGUCCUACUCUCCAGUAGUGUGCAAUGUGCUCUUGAGUCUUGCCACAGAGUUUUGUAAUUAGUUACAUAUGGCUUUGUUUGGAAUUACGCAUAGACAUGGUUUACAUGUAAUUAGAAACGGGGUUUAUACAUAAGUUGGGACAUAAUAUAUCAGAAACUCUUUUAAUAAUGUAAGAAAUCCACAUCUUUGGAAAAUAUACUCUAUGGUGAUUUCAUUUUCAUUUGUCA